GUUCCCGCCAAAUACGAGCGCGGCGGCCGCGGCGGCAGCGGCAGCGGCAGCGGCGCGGGCGGGAGGCCGAGCAGAGCGGCCGCGGGAGCGGAGCCCGCGCCUCCGCCGCCUCAGGGGAGCCCGAGCCGACUCCGCGGCGAUGCUGGAGGAGCCGGAGUGCGGGGCCCCCGGCGCCCGGGCCGCGGCCACAGCCAUGGAGUGCAGAGAGCGGCCUGCCUUCCCCGGCAAGAAGUUAAUUCAAGCCCGGCUGCCCUUCAAGCGCCUAACUCCGACCCCAAAGGAGAAAUCCCAGGACGGGCCAGAUGACAGGCCCUCCCAGGGCGCCCCCCCACCUCCAGGCCACCUCCCGCAUUUGGGCACCUUCCUGGACACCGCGGAAAACGACGGUCCCCUGGACCUGCUGGGAACGCAGCCGCUGCCACCACCGAAACUGGUCAAUGGCAAGGGGCCCUUGGAUCAGUUCCUGUGCCACCCGGCCCCGGCCCCAGCCCCGGCCCUGGCCCCCAUCAUCAUUGACUUGACAGAGGACUCGAACGAACCCCCAGAUGGCCCCGUAGCUCGGGGGACACAGAAGGCCGAAGCCACUGCCCCCGAGACAGAGGGGACAGAAGGGACAGAGGCGGUCGGCAUGGGUGCCGGCAGGCCCGAGUGCGGGCAUCAGAUGGAAGCCGCGGGGCCCCUGGGGCCCAGCUCAGACUGGUGUGACUCGGAGGACAAAGAGAGGUCUGCUGCCUCGUCACCAAACGGCCCCCCCGAGCAGGCCCGAGGCGGGUGGAGCCAGGCCGGGGGCCUCCUGUUUAAGGACAAGUGGCCCGUGGUGGUCUUGCAGGAUAUCUUGGCCACCAAGGCCCCCCCCGACAGCCCCCCAGGGGUCGGGGACCCCAGGGCCUUGGACGUCGAUCUGCCCGAGUCGGGCCCCGAAGAGGACUCUGUACUCAGUCACUCCUCCCUGAGCUCCUUCUCGCCCACUAGCUCCCCGGAGGGGCCCACCGCUGCCACCACACGAACUGAGAGCCCCCUGAGCCUCCCUGCCUGCACCCCGAUCCGCAAAGUGCCUAAGAAAGUCCCGCGAGAUUCCGCAGAGAAGACCCGGCUGAAGCUGCAGCGCGACCAGGAGCGCUUGGGCCGCCAGCAGAAGCUCCAGGCGGAGAAGGAGGAGAAGGAGAAGCAGAAGGAGCAAGCCAGGCGGGCGCGGGAGGAGGCGCGGAGGCGGCGGGAGGAGGAGAAGGAGAUGAAGGAGAAAGAGCGGCGUGAGAGGCGGCAGAAGGACGAGCGGGAGCGCGCCGAGAAGCAGCGGCUCAAGGAGGAGCGCAAGAAGGAGCGGCAGGAGGCUCUGGAGGCCAAGCAGGAGGAGAAGCGGAAAAAGGAGGAGGAGAGGCGGCAGCGAGAGGAGGAGAAGCGUAUUAAGGCAGAGAAAGCAGAGAUCACACGCUUCUUCCAGAGACCAAAGACCCCACAAGCCCCCAAGACGCUGGCAGGCUCCUGUGGCAAGUUCGCCCCGUUCGAGAUCAAGGAGCACAUGGUCCUGGCCCCCCAGAGCCGCGCCGCCCUGGCCCCUGCGCUGUGUGAGCAGCUUGACUCCCUCCUGCAACUCCAGGCCUCUGGAGCCUCCUUCCUGGACGAGCUGCGCACCCGCCGCCCCCUCUGCUCAGGGCCCACCGCCGCCCCCCAGCAACGCACUGACAUCUUUAACAGUGACGUGAUAAUCCUGGAGAGCAGCCCGGAGAAAGUGGCGCCCAGGCGGAGGCCGCGAGGCCGCAUGAAGCUGUUACAGUUCUGCGAGAACCAUCGGCCAGCGUACUGGGGCUCCUGGACCAAGCACAGCACCGUCAUCCGCCCACGGCACCCCUGGGCCCAGGACUCGAAGCUUCUGGACUACGAGGUAGACAGCGACGAGGAGUGGGAGGAGGAGGAGCCCGGAGAGUCGCUGUCGCACAGCGAGGGGGAUGAGGAUGACGAGCUGGGUGACGACGAUGAUGAUGACGAUGGCUUCUUUGUGCCGCACGGCUACCUGUCAGAAGACGAGGGGGUGACCGAGGAGUGCGGGGACCCCGAGAAGCACAAGGUGCGGCAGAAGCUGAAGGCCAAGGAGUGGGACGAGCUGCUGGCUCACGGGAAGGGCUUCCGGGUGCUGCAGCCCGUGGCCGUGGGCUGCGUGUGGGCUGGCCACGCAGGGGGCCCCCACCUCCGGCUGCUGCAGCAGUUCCGUGCCUGCCCGCUCGAACCCGCGCCCCCUGAAGAGGAGCUGACACCCAAGGCCUCCAAGCGGGAGAAGCGAGACCAGCAGAUCCUGGCCCAGCUGCUCCCUCUGCUCCACGGCAACGUCUCCAGCAGUAAAGUCAUCAUCCGCGAGUUCCAGGAGUGCUGUCGCCGGGGUUUGCUCUGCCGGGACGCCCCCAGCCCUGAGAGCCGCACUGCCAGCCCCCCGAGCCCCAGCUCCUCGCGCCCACCGACACCCCCAGUCCCCGAGGACACUGCCGUCCCGUCCAAGGCACGACUCAAGCGGCUCAUCUCUGAGAACUCAGUUUAUGAGAAGCGGCCCGACUUCCGCAUGUGCUGGUACGUGCUUCCUCAGGUGCUGCGCAGCUUUGACCAGGAGCACCUGCCCGUGCCCUGCCAGUGGAGCUACGUCACCAUGCUGCCCAAGGACGACGGCGGGGCUGCCCCCAGCCCGGCUGCUGUCCCCAGCCCCGCCACCCCCGCCACCCCCGCCACCCCCGCCAGCGCGGGGCCCACGUCCAGCAAAAGGAAAUCAGUCGGGAGUAUGUGUAUCACGCAAUUCAUGAAGAAGCGUAGACACGACGGGCAGGUGGGCUUUGAGGACCUAGACGGCUUCCAGGCGGACACGGAGGAGGAGGACGACGACGGGGACUGUGUCAUGGAGGUCCCCGUCGCAGCAGACUUGAUGGCUGCCUCCAGCCUGGCUUCUGAGGCUGGGGAUCCCGCCCCUGCCGCCCCCCGCUGAGCUGCCCGCGCCUCGAGUGCCCGGACACCUCGUACUUGAACGGCCUGGGAGCCUGUGGGAAGAGCACUUUGUCCUGCGCGGUGACCCCCGGGCUGGGGGCACUCACUCGGGCCCAUCUGACCUCUGUACAACCCCUGGCCUACCUUGACCCCCCCCAAUAAAGCAUUACCCUCUGGGGGGGGCACCCAGGGCCCCCCAGGCUUGUAUAUGAAUUGGAGCCCGGUCCGCACCGUGCGACCCUGCCCCAGACCCCAGCCCUCACCCCCCACCCCUCGAACGUGUAUAAACCUGUCAUCCCUGA